UAAAGAUGGGUAUGAUGACGAGCACUAGAAAAGGACAUUUUCCGGAUGAACAGUAGUUUCCAUUUUAAAAAAACCUGUUAAAUUCAUUCAGUAAUAUUAAAGACUCUAUAUCUCUCUCUCUCUCUCUCUCUACAUUCUGAUCACCGUAUAUUCUUCAUUCGUUAGUUGUUCAUUCACUCAUUAUUCCCAAAACCAAAAGAAAAUCUGCUCCUGUUCUAAGCAGCUCUCGAGCUGGGAAAUGCGUUUAACUUAAGAAUUAGGGUUUUGAAUUUGCGGACUUGGGAUAAGAAGAAGACGAGUAAUGCCGUUGUUGAAGUACCAGAUAAGGGACAAGUAUAGCUUGGCGGAUCCGGAGCUCUACAAAGCUGCCAAUAGAGAUGAUCCCGAGGCUCUCUUGGAAGGCGUGGCCAUGGCUGGACUCGUCGGUGUCUUGCGCCAGCUCGGCGACCUUGCAGAGUUUGCUGCUGAGAUUUUCCAUGACUUGCAUGAAGAAGUAAUGACAACUGCUGCAAGAGGUCAUGAUCUUAUGGUUCGUGUUCAACAGCUUGAGGCAGAAGUUCCUUCAAUUGAGAAGGCAUUUCUGUCCCAAACAAGUGAUUCAUUCUUCUUUUCAAAUGCAGGUGUUGAUUGGCAUCCUAAUUUGCGUACGGAACAGAAUCUGAUAACUCAGGGUGACUUACCUCGCUUUGUGAUGGACUCUUAUGAAGAAUGCAGGGGCCCUCCACAGUUAUUUCUGCUAGACAAGUUUGAUGUUGCGGGCGCUGGGGCUUGCUUAAUGCGUUAUACUGAUCCAUCAUUCUUUAAAGUGGAAUCAGCAUCCUCUGGAGCAGCAACAGCAGAAGUUCCAAGGGAAAAAAGAAUCCGCAAAAUGAAGAAAAAAGGAUCGUGCUGGAGGAAUGGAGAAACACCUGAAGUACUACCCCCAUCACAUGCCAAAUUGCAUCAGUUGUUUCUGAAGGAAUGCGUUGAGAAUGGUUAUAGUAACCCUGCACGACUUGUGAAACUGAAGAGAAGGCAAUUGAAUGGAUCUAUAUUUGACUCAAGCGCUGGGAAAAGUUACCUAGAUAAAGUUCUGGAGUCUCCCACUCCAAAGCAGGUUCAUGAAAUUUCUGUCACUUCACCCAUGAAAUUGAAAGGGGAUAGUUAUAGUGAAUCAGGGCUUGAAGUUCUUGAAAUCACUGCUGUGAAUCCUGCAAAGAAGUCAUCACAAGGAAAAGAAAGUUCAUGUUCCUCCCCUAACGCACAGGAGGUAGUUUUAAAACCAUGUAUAGAGAAGUUUAAUCAGGACGUCAUUGGUGGAAAAACUGUGAAGGUGCCUGAACCAGCCGAUGAUGAUACAGAUAAUAUUUCUUCUUCCACCCUCCAUAGGGUAGCGGCUGAAGAGGAACUAGCCAUUGAUGGAGAAGUCAAAACAGAAGGCUGUGUAGACGGGUACCAUUCUGAAGAUUUGACCAGUGAUAUGGACAAUUAUAUGGAUGCACUCACCACGAUGGAGUCUGAAAUAGAAACAGAAAAUGAAUAUACAUCUAAAAUGGGUAUAGACCAAAGUCAGAAAUGGAAACAGAAAAUGAGUAUACAUCUAAGAAAUUCUUGCGGUGGUGAAGUAAAUCUGGGGUUCCAAGCUCGAUCUUCUGAUUCUCAUUCAUUUGGAAACUCCUCUGCAUCGGAUAAUGGGAAUGGCUUAUUCAAGUGUAACAGAUCCAGUUUCUCCGACUCUGAUACAUUAAGCAGUUUGACUGAGAAUGCAGCAUUUGGUGGUGAUGGAUCGGCUAAAGUAUCCCCAUCGACUGAAAUUUGUGCAGCUGAGGCUGUGGAUAUGCCAUCCUGCCAGGUAAUGGAUGAGUCUCAGGGAGCCAAAUUGGAUGAGCUUGCAGUGUUGUAUGAUACAGGCAUUGAGCAAGACAAGGUCCUCAAACUUGGAGAAGCAUCAUGUAGUUCAUGUCUUACAGAUUCCAAACCUACCCUACUACCUUCAGGUCACGGAGUACACUCAUCACUAGUUACAUUGGUAGGUCCUGAAGUAGAGGGAGCAACCUCUGACGAAAUUAAGCUUGGUUCCAAAUUAUCAGAAAUAGAUGAAAAUGGGACAAAUCUAGCUGAAGAUAGAGUUGUCAGCUAUGAUGUUCCGUCCCAGAUUCUGAAUGAUAUUCACCUUAUAGGUUCUGCCGAAAGCCAUUCGCCUAGUGAAGAUCCCAAUGUUUCUGAUGCUUUGCUGCAUCUGUCAGAUGUUUCAGAGGUGACUCCUGAAAAUAAAGGAAGUGAAAAUUCUCGUAAUGAAGUGCUUCAAACAAAAUCUGCAGGUGAAGAUUAUUCUGAAAAUUUGGUCGAUGCAAAGAUUGGUUCAACAGAUUUAAGUAUUUCUCCUACAGAAAAGCAGCAACUUUGCUCAGUCUUGCCGGAAGUAAAAGCGAGUUCAAAUGUUAUACAUGCUACUUGUUCAGACAUUGUAGGGACAGAUGAAAUAUUUUCCAAAGCCAAUAAUGCUCUUAUGGCAAAUGGAAUCAACUUGGAAUACUUGACUCCUGUGGUGGAAACUCAAAAGACAUGCAACAUAGAGGAGCAGAAAUUCUCAGUUCUAACCUAUAUUGCUCCAGAACUUGAACUUGCUUCUGCAGAAUUGGGUGUCCCAUGCUCUGACGAGAAAUCCGAUUGUGAUGAGAUUCCAACGGCAACAGAUAAAAUAGGUACAUCCACCUGCAAUGUGGAUGCUGUGGGAGGUGAUGCUGCUCCUCUUGAACCUCCGUACAGUUGUCAAAAUCACACAAGCCAUGAGGAUUAUAUUAACAUGGAGGCUGUAGUAAUUGAACCAAUUAUACCAGACGUGGUUUUAUCUGCUGCUGUUACUAGUGCAAAUGAUGUUUCCAGUGAUUUUAUUGAUCCAUCUUUAGAUCGAGCUUGCUUUUCAUCCAGGAAUCAUAUAAAUUUGCAAGAUGCUUCUUCUGAAUUUGCCGAACCCCAUCCAAAAGAGAUGGAGUUUAACGAUGCAGUUUCUCUAGAAUAUCUUAAAGAAACCAAGGCACAAAAUAUAGUGAAUCGACUGGAAGUUGCUCGUGCAGAUACCCCAUGCAAAUCAGUCUCUUCUAAUCAUUCCGAUUUUAAAACAGUUGCUGGCGAUGAUGAUGAAUCAUCUACAGCCAAUAAUACCCAAUAUGGUUUAUCUGCCAACGAUGCCAGCACAGCCCCAAGAUGUGUACCAAGCAAUCAACAUUUGGAAUCAAAAACUCCCAACCAGAGUCAUCUUUCAGAGAAUGGUGAAGCUGAGGUGUGUUCACCUAUUGGCUGCCCCCAGAGCCAGGGGCCUUUAAAGAGUGUGAUGCAAUUUGAAGCUUAUGUGGAAAGUUUGCAAGAAGAUGAAGCAACUUAUAACUUUUCAAGACUUGAAUCUGAACAGAUACGAUCUCUGAACCACACAGAUCAGGAAAGAUGUGAACAGAUACAAUCUUCAAAUCACUUACGGGAAAGAUGCUUUGAUUCUCCUGAAUCUGACCUGCUGUCAGCUGGCUGGGAACUUGAUGGUUCUAAGCAAGCAACGGGUCCACUGGAGUCUGCUCUUCCUAGCUUUGGCAUGCUCCCUCAGGCAGCUCAUGUUAAUCUGGAGGAGUUACCACCUCUGCCACCUCUACCUCCUAUGCAAUGGAGGAUGGGAAAGGCUCCAAAUGCUUCCCUAGCUUCCCCAAGAGAUUUGGUGGAAUCUAGUCAGCAUGCAUUCCCACCGUUGCAUCUUUUUGGUGAUGAGAAAGCUCAGUUUAGUUUUCCAGCAUCCCAGACAGGGAUUUUGCAGCUUCAGAACCCAUUUUUGCCCAUCACGGCCAUAGAAGAUGAGAAAUCCCAACAAGUUUCAGAACGAUUGAUGACUAAUUUGUCACAACUGAUCCCAUUCUCUUUGCAAUUGCAAACCAUGGUUAGUGAUUCAAAUAGUCAAUCCAGUUGCCACUCUUUUGAGGGAACUAAAACCAUCAAUCCAUUCUUAGUAUCACCACCAACUGAAAGACCAGAAUCUGGUUUCCCUGCCUUGGACGGAGAAAAGGCCCACUCUAGUUCAGUCCCAACCAUGGUUAGUGAUUCAAAUAGUCAAUCCAGUUGCCACUCUUUUGAGGGAAUUAAAACCUUGAAUCCAUUCUUAGUAUCACCUUGGAUACCAUCUGAAAGACCAGAAUUUGGUUUCCCUGCCUUGGACGGAGAAAAGGCCCACUCUAGUUCAGUCCCAUUCACACCAAUACCAACCAUCGAAUACACGACUUCUAGACAUGAUCUUGAAGUUUCCCAAGAGAAACUAAUCGAGCCUUUCUAUCAACCAGAACCAGAAACAGGAUCAGUGGAUCAAAAACUUCAACCCACACCACACUAUAAUUCUGAAGGGGAGUCACGAAAUUCUUGCAACACAUCCAUGCCAUCACCAACUGUGGAAGGAGAACAGCCUCAGCGUGAUUUAUUGAGUCUAGAUGGAGAAACCCCUCAAAUACCAGACGUAGAUGUAGGAAAGCCAAAUGGAAAUCCUGCAACUAAGCUUUCUCGUCCCCCAAAACCUCUCAUUGAUGCUGUUGCUGCUCAUGACAAAAGCAGGUUGAGAAAGGUAGCUGAACGGGUUCGGCCUGAGAUUGGGCAAAAGGUAGAUGAAAGAGACUCGUUGCUAGAACAGAUACGAAGGAAGUCCUUCAACUUAAAGCCAGCAGCGGUGACGAGACCCAGCAUUCAUGGCCCUCAAACCAACCUGAAGGUUGCUGCUAUCUUGGAGAAAGCAAAAACAGUUCGCCAGGCAUUCGCUGGAAGUGAUGAAGAUAAUGAUUCAGAUAGUUGGAGUGAUGCUUGAAAAACUAAGUCGACGGUACUACAGCAUUUCACUACUUUAAUUACCAGCUUGAAAUGGUUUUGAGAGAUUUUCUUUUUCUCUCUGCUAUAGUUAAUAGCAAAUAUAUGUGAUCUGGUGUGUUCUUUCUUUCUGUUCCACGCUCGUGUAUAGUAGUCCCCUCACUAGCACUCCCCCUUCCCCUUCUUCCCCAAUUUCUCUUGGGUCAAUUGUUUUGUAAAGAAUAACAGCUGAGGUUCAGUGUGCAAUUGCUGUACCAAUCAAAUUAGAAGUAGCCACUGUUGCAAAAUAAAAAUAAAAAUAAAAAAGAAAAGGCUAUUUUAGGCAA